UCGCGUCACCUUAUUGGAUAAGGAGAGAAAAAACUAGAGGUGCUCUUUUUUCCCUUCAAAAUGCCUCCACAUGCAAAAUCCAAAUCCUAAGUACAUUUUCAUUUUCUGUCAACCAACAAAACCAGUUAAACAAAACAAACAAUUCAGUUAACUUCCAACAUGGACUGCAUCAUGUUUAAGCAUCCAUCAGUUCCAAGAAUCUUGAUCAACUCAACAUCUUUUGGGAGUUCACAGAUUGUUGGACUUAACCACUAUAGAAAAAGACUAGUAUUUCCUAAUUUGAAUACUACAUGUUGGGCUACUGGGAUAUCUGGAGAUUCUUUUAAUGAAAAUCCAUUUGAGAGCAAUAAAAAUGGUUCUGUAUUUGAAACAUUGAGUGCUGAAAUAACACCUGAAACUAUUGAUUUCUUUGUUAGUGAAACAGAGGGUGAUCCUGAUUGUCCUUCCAAAGGCUAUUCUUCAAUUGGAGAGGCAAUUGCUGCAUUGAAUGAAGGAAAGUUUGUGAUUGUUGUAGAUGAUGAAAGUGAGGAAGUGGAAGGAAACCUUGUCAUGGCAGCAUCCUUUGCUAGUGCUGAGACAAUUGCGUUUAUGGUGAGGCACGGGUCUGGCAUUAUUUCUGUGGGGAUGAAAGAAGAGGAUCUUGAGAGGCUAAAUCUUCCUUUGAUGUCACCUGAAAAAGAAGAUGACUCUUCUGCUCCAUCCUUCACAAUCACAGUGGAUGCAAAGAUGGGUACAUCUACUGGUGUAUCGGCUUCAGAUAGGGCUAAAACUGUACUUGCAUUGUCAUCGCCUACUUCUACUCCUGAAGAUUUCAGAAGGCCAGGCCAUGUUUUCCCUCUCAAGUAUCGAAAUGGUGGGCUCUUAAGAAGAUUUGGUCAUACUGAGGCUUCGGUAGAUUUAGUAAUGUCAGCUGGUUUGCAAGCAGCUUCUGUUCUUUCAGCUAUAGUUGAUAAAAAUGAUGGUUCUAUAGCCUCUAUGCUCAUUUUGGAAAAUUUGGCCUUGGAGUACAAGAUUCCGAUUGUCUCAAUAACUGAUUUAGUAAGAUAUAGGAGAAAGAGGGAAAAGCUUGUUGAAAGAACUGCAGUAUCACCUUUACCAACUAAAUGGGGAUUAUUCCAGGCUUACUGCUACCGUUCAAAGCUUGAUGGCACAGAGCAUAUAGCUGUUGUAAAGGGUGAUAUUGGGAAUGGUGAAGAUGUGUUGGUACGGGUACACUCGGAAUGUUUGACAGGUGAUAUUUUUGGAUCAAGGCGAUGUGAUUGCGGUAAUCAGCUGGAUUUGGCAAUGCAGUUGAUUGAGGAAGCUGGUAGAGGUUUGGUUAUCUAUCUCAGAGGCCACGAAGGACGAGGCAUUGGCCUUGGUCACAAGCUUCAGGCCUAUAAUUUGCAAGAUCAGGGCCAUGAUACUGUUGAAGCCAAUCUAGAGCUCGGCUUUGCUGCAGAUGCUCGUGAAUAUGGCAUUGGUGCACAGAUGUUAAGGGAUAUAGGAGUUCGUACCAUGCGCCUAAUGACAAACAAUCCAGCGAAAUUUACGGGUUUAAAGGGCUAUGGUUUAGCAGUAGUUGGACGGGUACCAGUUUUGACACCCUUCACAGAUGAAAACAGGAAGUAUUUGGAAACCAAACGAACAAAGAUGGGUCACAUAUAUGGAUCUGAUGUACAGGGACCAAUUAAGGCAUCCAUCAAACGGAGUUCAGAGAAACAAGAUCCACCCCAGGAAAGAAAAGAAAGUUGAGUAAGUGCAGAUUAUGUUCAAGGAGACUUUCAUUUGUUUCAUACUUGAUUCACAUUCUUUUUUGUAGAAUUCCAAUUACAAAAGAACACACUAAAGACUAAUGAUACAUAUAUACUUUCUAAAUGCGCAAUAGUUCUUCUGCGCUUACUUUAGUUCCCGAUAAAGAUUUAAUCCAGAAUCCAAAAAGUUCAAUAA